AUGUGGGAAGGCAAAGAUGCAGUAUUGAGUUUCGUAAUUUCGCCACUGAAAAUUCUAUGGGACUCUCUCAGAAUCAUUCACACCAACAAACUCAUCUUCUGUUUCAUUCUCUGUUUCACCACGCUCCCUCUCUCCUUCCUAACUUUCACGCUCGCAAUCUCCACCCACCAACUCCGCUCCAAAAUCUACCACCUCGAAGCCGUCGCAAGCGUCGCCCACACGCGCGUCGAGGCGCGCCACGUCUGGCACGAGUCGCGCGACAACGCCGUUUCUCUCCUCCGCACGCGCCUGCUCUACGCUCUCCUCUCCUUCCCCAUCUCCCUCGCCGCCGCCGUCUCCGCCAUACACACCGCCGCCCACGGCAAACCCAUCUCUCCCCGGGCCGCCAACUGGAAGGGCCCCGCCGUCACCGUCGUCUUCGUCUACGUCCUCCUCAUGGCCUUCUCCCUCGUGCCACGCGUCCUCGCAGCAGCAACGUUCGGGUCACCUCUACUGAUCCGGGUCCUCACUCGGAUUAUUGGGUCGGGUGCUGAGGUGUACCUCUUAUCGGUGCUGAGUCUUGGGAUUGUGGUUUCCGUGGCGGAGGAUCGGGUCGGAUGGGAUGCUGUUCGGGUCGGGUGGGGUUUAAUUCGAGGAGGAAGGGUGUGCGGGUGCGUUCUCUCAGCCUUGUUUGUUUUUGUUUCGGGUUUUAUAAACCGGAAAGUGGAAGCCAUGUUGGAGAAUCAGAAUACGGAGAUCGGCGUUUGGAACAAACCGCUGCUUAUGUGUUUUUAUGCGGUGGUGGUUGUUUUUAGCUACGUUGUUACCACCGUGUUCUACUGUGAUAGCCGAAGACGACACGACAACAACAUCAACAACGUUAAGGAAAAUCAAGGUGAUGAUGAUGACGGAGUUCAAGGUUUUGAUGCAGAUUCAUCCUCAGAACUGUAG